UCUCGCUCUUCCCCUCUUUCGUUCUCUGGUCAAUUUUCUCAGGAAGAAAUGAGAGAAAAUAUCGGAUUCUCUGUAACUUGGGACGAAGGAUACGCAGAGCUGAUCCAAGGAAACGAGGGAAAGUGUCAGAUUUAGUGCCGUUAGCUUCCGAUUUGUCGUUAACUUGUUCGUCAGGUCGAAGUUUCUCUUGGGCAUUGAGAUUGGAUUAUUCAGUUGAAGCUUCGAGAUUUCGCAGCAACAGAGCGCAUGCCAGAAAAUUUAAUUGCUUUUCUUUGCAUUUCUUGCAAACCUGGAGAUUUCGCAAGAGCUUAAAAAACCCUAGAAAUAUUAAGAGACGAGUAAAAUCCAAGUUCUCCUGGAGAUUAUUCCAUUUUGUAGGAGUUUGGUUCAUGGGGUUUAGAUCUUCGUUUUUUCCUCAUGAGCUUUUGGCAUUUCACUGGAAGUGGAAAGGAAAGGAUUAGGGUUUAAGGAUCUUGUAGAUUUUUGCUAAAUAUUUUCUAUUUGUUUCUAUUCAGGUUUAACAACAAUUACUGAAAUUUCUAGGGUUUUGAUUGUUAGGGUAUUAUAACGCUUGACAGUGUUUGUUUCUGAUUUAGAUUGGGGGCACGUCUUCUUUCUUUCUUGACUAAUGGAAUCCACGGUAGGAACAUUGGUGAUUAUUAGGGUUUAAAGCUUACAAUUUUAGAGUGCAAGGUUCCUUGACUUUCAGGGUGAAAAAUGUCGAUUGCACGUGUUGCACUAAGUCCUGUGUGUGAAGAGUCUUUGAAGUUCCCCGGCUACUUCUCUGGCUUGCAUGGCCCCUGGUUAAAGGAGUCAAUUCUAAUAUACCUCACAGCUGGCGAGUCUGUGAUUCCCUUGCAUGUUUCGGAGUCAGAUUCAAUUGCUUCCAUUAAGUUUCAAAUCCAAUCUUUUAAAGGGUUUUUUGUGAAGAAGCAGAAACUGAUUUUUGAAGGGAGAGAACUGGCCCGAAGCAAUUCUCAGGUUCGUGACUAUGGCGUUGCUGAUGGGAAUGUACUGCAUUUGGUGCUUCGACUUUCUAAUAUGCAAGCCAUUACUGUUAAGACUGUGUGUGGGAAGGAGUUUGAGUUCCAUGUUGAAAGGAAUAGAAAUGUGGGUUAUUUGAAACGCCAGAUUGCUAAGAAGGGGAAAGGCUAUGUUGAUCUUAAAGAUGAAGAACUGAUCUGUAAUGGUGAAGAGCUUGAGGACCAACGACUCAUACAUAAUAUUUGUAAGAAUGAUGAUGCCAUGAUUCACAUAUUGGUUCGAAAAUCCGUAAAAAUAAGGGCUAAACUUAUUGAAAAGGAUAUUGAGUUCUCCAUCAUGGCAACAAAUUUGAAUGAGAAGGGAGCUGAUGUAGUGGAUGAAGCAGAAAAACGAUUCAGGGUACAAUCUGAAGAAGUUAAGUUUGUACAAGUGAGGCCAUUGCAAAAAGAUCUUCUUUUGGAACCUAUAAUUGUUAACCCCACAAUUGAACUGCCAUUAGUGAUUAAGGAGUUAAUCUUGUCUACACUCCAUGGAUUAGAUAGAGGCAAUGAGCCAAUUAGGUCUGCGGAAGGAUCAGGGGGAGCUUAUUUCAUGCAGGAUUCAGCAGGUCAGAAGUAUGUAUCUGUUUUUAAGCCAACUGAUGAGGAGCCCAAGGCAGUGAAUAACCCUCAAGGCCUACCUUUGUCAGUUGAUGGCGAAGGAUUGAAGAAGGGCACACGAGUAGGGGAAGGUGCCUUUAGGGAAGUUGCUGCAUACAUUUUGGAUCAUCCAAGAAGUGGUCCUCGUUCAGUUCACAACGAGGAUAGUGGAUUUGCAGGGGUUCCCCCGACAGUUAUGGUCAAAUGUUUGCACAGAGGAUUUAAUCACCCUCAAGGUGACAAAUGUAGCAAGAAAAAUGUUAAAUUUGGGUCACUUCAGAUGUUUGUUAAAAAUUUUGGAAGCUGCGAGGAGAUGGGUCCUUGUGCCUUCCCUGUGAAUGAAGUGCACAAGAUCACGGUCUUGGAUAUAAGGUUGGCCAAUGCAGAUAGGCAUGCUGGGAAUAUAUUGGUGAGCAAAGAUAACAAAGGGCAGAUUGUGCUUACUCCAAUUGAUCAUGGGUAUUGCUUGCCUGAGAGUUUUGAAGAUUGCACAUUUGACUGGCUUUACUGGCCCCAAGCACGCCUGCCUUAUUCCCCUGACACCAUUGAGUACAUAAAAUCACUAGAUGCUGAACAAGACAUAGAACUUCUCAAGUUUCAUGGGUGGGAGUUACCACUUGAGUGUGCCCGCAUUCUUCGGAUUUCCACCAUGCUUCUAAAGAAAGGUGUGGAGAGAGGACUCACUGCCUUUGCCAUUGGGAGCAUCAUGUGCAGGGAAACCUUAAAGAAGGAAUCUGUGAUUGAACAAAUUGUUCAAGAAGCACAGGAAACUGUGCUCCCAGGAACAAGUGAAGUUGCAUUCAUGGAAUCCAUCUCAAUGAUCAUGGACCGCCACCUCAACAAGCUCUCUACAUGAAUCAUGGAGUAAAUAUAUAGCUUAUGGUAGAUGUGCAUAUGUUAACAUACAUAAUAUGGACGAUGGAUCCUAUUUGGGGAGGGGAGGGGGGGUUGGGUGGGGUGGAAGAAAACUAUAACAGAUGGUCGUGCUCCAUCCGUGUUUUUAAACUGCAGGUUGUGCGUAAUGUUGGUUUUGCUGAUGGAACUUAAAGCCUAAUCACCUUCCUUUUUAUUUUCAUACGUUUGACCCUGAGCUUUGUGCAGACAAUGAUGUUCAGAAACUGUAUGUUGGAUAUGUCUAAAUAUUUGAUUGGCAAAAACUUCCUAGAAAAAAUAAUAUGCAUUUGUUGGCUUAUGGAAAA